AUGUUUCUCGAUCAUGAUUCAGACGUGACAACAACCGAAAUAGACGGUCGUGCUGAUGAAAGUGAUCAAUCGAGAAGAAAAUUGGUUAAAUUAAGUCGAGAUUUGAAGAAAAAUACCAACGAGAAUUUGCGUAAAGCCAUUAUACCAUUAUUAAAACCGUUCCAGAUCGAAAUCGACAAUUUAACCGAACCACCCAAUCAUAUCACGGAAGAAUCCCUCUUAGAAAUUUAUCAACACUUUAGUGAAUUUCCAGAUCCGGUGCAAGCUCAUCAAUACGCUCAAACUCUACAGAAAUCACUUGAAAAAGUAUCUGAUCUAGCACUGCCAACUUCACUAGACCAACUCGCUGAUGCGAAGAUUUCAGGCUUAUCAAUCAAGCAGUUACGUGAUAAAAUCAAAGAUUUAGAAGAAAAAACAUCGAAUCAUAUCAGAAGCGACGAAGACCAUCAACGCAUCUUCGCUGAUAAAAACCAUCAAUUGACUCGCCGACUAAAAUAUGCACAAAUGGAAAUACAUCAAUCAGCAUUAGAUCAUCGACAUCAAGACAUGUUAGAAAAUACGACAAAUACCUGUUCAUCUGAUCUUGACAUUCUUAAUCAAGAUUUACAACAAACACAUGAAAGAACAUCCAAUGCUGAACGAUUAGUUGAUAAAUUAUGCGAUGAAUUGGAGCAAACACAUUCAACAAAUACUAAUUCUGACGAAUUGAUUUCACAAGAAGAAACAGAACGGAAAUUGCGUGAAAAACUCGAGCUUGAAUUAGUCUCUAAAGAACAUCAAAUAGCUACACUUGUUGUGGAAACACAAAAACUACAAUCAACAUUGAUUAAACUAAAAGAAACAUCAGUUAUUCAGAUUUCUGAUCUUGAAAAUGUUGUAAGUGGCAAAGAGAAAUUAAUUGCACAAUUAGAAAGCAAAUUACAAAGUCAAGCCGAUUAUGAAGAAAUCAAACAAGAAUUGACGAUCUUGAAAUCGGCCGAGCCAUCAACAUCCACACGUCCAAAUGUUGAUCAAAUGGAAACUUUACCUAAAAAAGCUUUAGAAAUUCUGUUAUUAGACAAGAAUCGUUCCUUACAAGCCGAACCAGUAGCGAUGAAAGCGCCGCAAAUUGAUUCUGAAAAUGAGACAAAUCAACAGCAAGCGCAACAUUCAUGUCUUCAAUGUACAUCGUCAUGCUUACAUCGGGCAACUAUGCCAUUCAUAGCUGCAUCCUCUCUUCUUUCAUCGUCAACUUCUUCGUCAUCGAAUUCCUCCUCUUCGCCUUCGUCACCUUCUCAAAUUUAUUUAAAACCUCAUCUACAACCAACAACAACUACGACACUUUGUAAUGGCUCUGAUGAUAUGACACGAUCAUUCAAUGAUUCGACCACAAAAUUUCUUCCACCCGUACCAAACUCGCUUUCCAUUAUUACAGCCAAAGAUAAUAUUCAAUUGUGUAAUUCAACAAACUCGAAAUAUCCAUCCAUGGCUUCAUCAUGUUCAACAAUGGUGACUCCAACAGCGUCACUUCUAUCAGCAGUGACAACGACAACUUCAUUAACUCCGUCCAACCUCUUUCCAGGUCAACAACUUUCAUCCGUCCAAUGUACAAAACUUCAUUGUCCACCAACAUCGUCGUGGAGUCCACCCUUAUCUACCUCAUCAGGCAUUUCAAGCAUUGCAACAACAUCUACAGAUAAUCGAACAGUACUCAAACCACCAAAACCAUCGUCACCAAAACCAUCUGCUGGUUCGACCAUACCAACAAACACGACUACUGUCACAUCAGCUAAUACAAAUUCGCAUGCGAGCAAUCUACUUGAACCACUCGAUACAUCAUAUGUGGCAAAUGUUGUGCGAAAACUUCUAGCACAACACAAUAUUGGCCAACGAAUCUUUGCUCGAUAUAUUUUAAGUUUGUCCCAAGGUACGGUCAGUGAAUUAUUAUCCAAACCAAAGUGUUGGUCAAAACUAACGGAAAAAGGCAAAGAAAGUUAUCGCAAAAUGUGGUGUUGGGCCAAUUCGGAAGAGAGUAUUCUAACAUUGAAAAGUAUUAGUCCACGCAAAGGUAUGAACAAUCGCUCAAAAGAUAACCCAUAUCCGGCUGUCAGCACAAAACAUACUGAUCCAGCGACUCAAAAGAAAAUCGAACAAAUUCUGGCUGAUGCUCAAAAACAACAAAUGGCCGCCGCAGUUGUGGCAGCAGCAAAUAUGGAAUCCAAAACAUUAUUAUCACCAUGUAGUUCUCUGCCUAACGACCCUUCGAAUUCAAUCGAAUCUAAAACGCCGUCAUCAUCGGGUGCUUCAUCUAUUGCUAAUUCGCCUUUGAAUGAGCCAACAGCAUCAGAGCAGCAAUCGUUUUUACUUCCUAUUCCACCACCGUCAUCACUUGCCACAUCUUCGUCGACAUCAACUACCCCGCCAACAUCUCUGUCGAUGCUCUCGGCAUUCGUUCCAUCACUUUUAAUGCGCACAGCAAAUGGUCUCAAAAAUGAUUCAUCUACACUACCGACAGCAGGAAACUUAAUCGAUUGCUCCAUGUCAUCGCCAUUCAGUCUACUAUGUCAUCAGCCAGAUAAUUACCGAAAUUGGUUGAUGUUACAAGAAAUUGUUCGAAAUAAUGAUUUACUUAAACAAUUUCAACCGGCAUUUCCAGUACCGAUUGAAAAUGAUGCAGGAAGUGAUCAAGGUAAUGACGACGAUGACGAUGAUGAUGAUGGAGACGAUGAAAACGAGGAAAAUGAACAUGACGACGAGUUGGACGAUGACAAUCCAACUAGCUCAGAUGAAACUCCACUUGAUUUAAGUAUGAAAUGUGACUCAAAUCAUCACGAGACAGAACCUGUUUCGAUGAGAUUGUCCAAUAACAAACAGCAACCAUCGUCAUCAUCAACGAAACACGUAAAAACCGCAUUGGCGCCAUUACGCGAGCAAGAUACAUCCAAAUACCGUUAUGUCAACACUGCGGAACUAGUGCAAACAGUCAAAGAUAUCCUCAGUCGGUACAGUAUAUCACAACGACAUUUUGGAGAAAAAAUUCUUGGCUUAUCUCAGGGGAGUGUUAGUGAUAUUCUUGCUCGACCAAAACAAUGGGAACUAUUGACACAAAAAGGUCGAGAGCCGUUUCUUCGCAUGCGUAUUUUUCUUGAUGAUCCCAAUGCCAUCAAACAGCUAGUUCAAACUGUUUCAACAACACCAACAACUAACACAAAUUCAAUACUAUUACCAACAUUUUGUCCACCUCUGCCACCAUCGCUAGCAACUUCAUCAUCAGGCUUGCCUACAUCUUCACUUUUGUCAAAUGCAACGCUAAAUGGUUUUCAUUCGAAUAAUCUCUUGACAAGAGAUAAUUCCACUGAUUCGCAAUCGAAUAAUGAUUCGUUAUACAUUGCCACAAACGAAAGUACAUUACUCGUACCCACAUCAACCACAUCAACACCAUUACCAUCAAAUGGCAUCUCAAAUAAUUCUAACAAGUCAAAAUCUCGCUCCAAAAGUGCAAAACCUAACAAUGACAAACCUGCAUCCAAUCAAUCUCGACAGUCAUCGGCAAAUCCAUUGAUGGCACCAUAUGAAUUACCAAAAAUUGUCUUGCCAAGUUCAAUCGACACCGAACAACUGAGUUCACAAGUGCGCGAACUUCUGUUUGCAUAUAGCAUAGGUCAACGCGUAUUUGGUGAAGCAGUGCUUAAUCUUUCUCAAGGAACUGUUAGUGAAAUUCUAUCAAAGCCUCGUCCAUGGCAUUCAUUAAGUGUCAAAGGACGUGAACCAUACAUUCGCAUGUAUACGUGGUACAACGAUACUGGCAAUGUACAGAAACUGCUUGCGUGGAAACGAGAACGUGAUGCUUUGCGACGUUGUCGGCCUCCCGCUCCACCAAAAGUCACAUCUCAAACAGAUAAUGGUGACUCGGAAAGCGGUAAUAAUAACCCGUCGUCACCAGCAAAUCGUCCAAAACGUCGCUACCUAUUUACAGACGAACAACGUCGUGUAUUAAAACAAACCUUUGAAAACGAACCCUAUCCCAGCCAAGCAACACUAGAACAACUCGUUACUGAUUUGUCAUUACCAAUGAAUAAAAUUGCUAACUGGUUUCAUAAUUCUCGUAUGAGAGCGAAAACUAAUAUACGUCCUUCCUCGAGUCCAACAAGUAAAUAUUCAACAUCAUCGUUAUUAAACGAUGAUCUACUACCUGCCCAGAGCGAUGAUGACGAAGACGAUAUUGACGAUAAUAAUAACAAUAACAAUAAUAAUCCAAAUGACGACGACGAUGAUGAUGAUGAAGAUGAUUAUCCAAUCAUACCAACGAUUGUACCAUUAACUAGUUCAUGGCUCAACGGUACGAAUGAUUCGAACAGUUCAUCAAGUCCACUUGGUUUAUCUGCCACAUCAACAAAUACUGUUUCAUUGAUUGAUAAUCAAAAAACUCCUCCGCCUGUUUCAUCGUCCACAAAUUCCAGUAGUAGUAAAAAGCGUAAAUCAGUUCCACAAAAGAUUGUGACCAACAAUAAUAAUCACUUGAACAAGAAAUUUCAACCGAAUUCAACAAGAUUAGAUAUUGACAGUAAUGAUGAAGCAAACCCAACAACGAAUGAAUCGACAACUUUUGUUGAUAUUCUCACCUAA